AUGCGGUUUUGUGUUGACUACCGCCGCUUGAACGACGUUACAAAGAAGGACAGCUAUCCCUUGCCAAGAAUUGAUGACACGCUGGACAUGCUUACAGGCGUAAAGUGGUUUAGUACGCUGGAUCUGAAAAGUGGCUACUGGCAGGUUGAAAUUGACCCUAAGGACAAGGAGAAAACUGCAUUCUCCACAGGAAAGGGCCUGUGGCAAUUUAAAGUCAUGCCGUUUGGAUUGUGCAAUGCUCCAGCAACGUUUGAAAGGUUGAUGGAGCUUGUAUUUACCGGGCUAAUUGGAGAUGCCUGUCUCGUCUAUUUGGAUGAUAUCAUCAUCGUAGGCCGUACGUUUGAGGAACACCUUCAAAACCUGGAACGCGUGCUCAUGAAGAUCCAGAGUGCCAACCUCAAGUUGAGUCCAAAGAAGUGCUCACUAUUCAAACGGCAAGUUAGUUUUUUGGGGUAUGUAGUGUCGGAAGAAGGUUUCCGCACGGAUCCAGAGAAAAUUGCUGCUGUCAAGGAGUGGCCGGUCCCAAAAGACAAGACACAGGAGCUCAAGAACCGUCUGUGCAAAACACCUAUUUUGGGGUACCCUGAUGCGGGCAAGGAAUUCAUAGUUGACACAGACGCAAGUGAUAUAGGACUUGGCGGUGUGUUGUCUCAACGGAAUGGUGAUCAAGAGAUUGUGAUAGCGUACUUCAGCAAGUCGUUGUCAAAGCCGGAAAGGAACUAUUGUGUCACAAGACGGUAA